UUGCAAGAGUUGACCAGUGAGGAUAAGAAAUAUGCGGCGAAAAAUUUGAAUGAAUCCGACGAAAAUAGAGAGAACGCCAUCGCGGAAAUUAGAGGCUGGAUCAAAGACGAAUUGCGCAUACGAAUCGAUAAUUUUUUUAUUCUGCGAUUUUUGAGAGUCUGCAAGUUUAAUCUUGAGAAAACUAAGAUUAGGAUGCGAAACUAUUAUAAGCAGCGAUCCGACUUACCGGAAUGGUACAUGAAUAAGGAUCCGUUUCAACCGGAAUUGCAGAAGCUGCUUGAUAUGGGAUUGUUUUUGCCUUUGCGAAAACUGGAUAGUCAAGGAAAAUUGAAUUUCAUUAUACGCGGUACUCGAUAUAAUCCGACAAAACAUAAAUUAUCGGACUUUAUUAAGAUCGGUAUCAUGAUGGUAGAACUAGCGAUGAAGAAUAAUGGCGAUGCCAUUGCAUCUGUACAUGGUUGCGCAGUGUUCAUAGACGUGGUCAAUCCAACAAUACGUUACAUAGCUCAUUUUCCACCCCAUACAUUAAUGAAUGUAAUACACGGGUGGCAGAGCUGCUACCCUCUAAGGGUACAAUCGAUUAACUUUAUCAAUGCCCCGAGAAUUGCCGAUGGUAUUGUCAGGAUUAUGAAAUCUUUCAUGACAGAGAAGAUGAAGAACAGAUUUUAUAUCUACUCACACAUGUCGCAGAGCUGUUUUAAGGAUGUUCCAGCAGAUAUCUUGCCAAUCGAAUAUGGCGGCACUGAUGGUACAAUUCAGGAAUU